AUGUCUUAUGAUGAUAUAGAAAAUGCUACUCCAGAUAUUAUUAUUGGAGGUAACAUAGACAAUUUAGAAGAUGAUUAUCAAUAUGAUAUUGAAAGUGAUCAAGAAAUCAAUCAAGAUGAAGAAAAUAAUGAUGACUCAUUAUCUAAAACUAAUGGAGGAGGGAAAAAAACAGUAGCAUUUGCAGGGUUAGAUGAAGAAGAUGAUGAAUUAGCACAAGAACAAGCUAAAAGAGAAUUUGAAGAAGGUGGUGGAUUACCUGAACAAUCAAUAGAUAUAGAUUUUUCAAAAUUAACUCCAUUAUCACCAGAAAUUAUAAAUAGACAAGCAACAAUAAAUAUUGGUACCAUUGGACAUGUAGCACAUGGUAAAUCUACGGUUGUUAGAGCUAUAUCAGGGGUACAAACUGUUCGAUUUAAAGAUGAAUUAGAAAGAAAUAUUACUAUUAAAUUAGGUUAUGCAAAUGCAAAAAUUUAUAAAUGUGAUAAUGAAGAAUGUCCAGAACCAGAUUGUUAUAGAUCUUUUAAAUCAGAUAAAGAAAUUAGACCAAAAUGUCAAAGACCAGGAUGUACGGGGAGAUAUAAAUUAGUUAGACAUGUAUCAUUUGUUGAUUGUCCAGGUCAUGAUAUUUUAAUGAGUACUAUGUUAUCAGGAGCAGCAGUAAUGGAUGCUGCAUUGUUAUUAAUUGCAGGUAAUGAAAGUUGUCCACAACCACAAACUUCAGAACAUUUAGCUGCUAUAGAAAUUAUGAAAUUAAAACAUGUUAUAAUAUUACAAAAUAAAGUUGAUUUAAUGAGAGAAGAAUCAGCAUUAGAACAUCAAAAAUCUAUAAUACAAUUUAUAAAAGGAACAAUAGCGGAUAAUGCACCAAUUGUACCAAUUUCAGCACAAUUAAAAUAUAAUAUAGAUGCAGUUAAUCAAUUUAUAAUAAAUUCAAUUCCAGUACCAAUUAGAGAUUUUAAUGCAAGUCCAAGAUUAAUAGUUAUUAGAUCUUUUGAUGUAAAUAAACCAGGUGCUGAUGUUGAUGAUUUAAAAGGUGGAGUUGCUGGUGGAUCAAUUUUAACUGGUGUUUUUAAAAUUGGGGAUGAAAUAGAAAUUAGACCAGGUAUUGUUACAAAAGAUGAUCAAGGUAGAAUUCAAUGUAAAACUAUUUUUUCAAAUAUUGUUUCAUUAUUUGCUGAACAUAAUGAUUUGAAAUUUGCUGUUCCAGGAGGAUUAAUUGGUGUUGGUACAAAAGUUGAUCCAACUUUAUGUAGAGCUGAUAGAUUAGUUGGUCAAGUUGUUGGUGCAAAGGGUAAUUUACCUUCAAUUUAUUCAGAUAUUGAAAUUAAUUACUUUUUGUUGAGAAGAUUAUUAGGUGUUAAAACUGAAGGUUCAAAACAAGGUGCAAAAGUUCGUAAAUUAGAAGUUGGUGAAGUUUUAAUGGUAAAUAUUGGAUCUACUGCUACAGGUGCAAGAGUUGUUGCUGUAAAAGCUGAUAUGGCAAGAUUACAAUUAACUUCUCCUGCAUGUACUGAAAUUAAUGAAAAAAUUGCAUUAUCAAGAAGAAUUGAAAAACAUUGGAGAUUAAUUGGUUGGGCUACUAUUAAAAAGGGAACAACUAUUGAACCAAUAAAUUAA